AUGUUUUGCGUUUCUAUUAGUGUAACAUUAUUCUCGUCUGCCUGGGCUGUAGCUAGUUACAGAAGAAAAUAUAAAACAUGUGAAUCAGAUAUGUUAGUCAUUACUUGGCCUGGAUCUGUGUUUCGUCUUGUCUGGAGGAUAAGUGAACUAGGUUCUCGAAUUAUAUCAUUAGCUUUGUUUGCUUCACUUUACAAAUAUUGGAUUUUUCUUGUCAUAUCAUUCCAUUGGAUUACAAUGUGCUUGUGUGUGUGUACUUCUGUUAUUUCAAGUGUCAGUGGAACUGGAUUUUAUCGAAUUAUAAAAGGGAUGGUUGCAGCUUAUGUCUAUAUUUUCUGUUUCGUGAACAUCAAUAGAGACAAUGCAGCCUUCCGAUACACAUUAUUCUAUAUCAUAAUGUUCUUUGAAAAUGCAACGUUGUGUGCUGUGUGGAUGUUUAUGGUACCUGAUGUUCAAACAGGUUACAAAUAUUUAUUGAUAUUUAUCACCGCAAGUUCAUUUUUCGUCAGUGUUGUAGCAAUGUGUAUUUAUUACAAAUUUUUUCAU